GUUCUGGGCGAGUGCAGCGCUGCCAGCGAUGCCCUGGCAGAAUGGAUUGACAAGUACAUCUUCGGAUCGGCGUUGAGAGGUCGGGAGUACUCCCUUGGGGAGGGCGGCUGGUGGGACGUGGAAGCCACGGCAAAGGAGCCUGCCACCGCGCUGGUCCAUGCCCUGAGGUCACUCGCGCCUCUCCAAAAUGGUGAUCUGCUGGUUUGUGCACACCCGACCUCCUUGUGCCUGAUGAGUUUCUGGGCCAUGUGGAGGUUUGCCGACGGAGCGAUGAGAAGGCUUCCAAUGCUGCUCCACAUCUCCUCGACGCUCCUCUACGGCGCCCCUGGUGGCACGGCCCAGAAGGACUUCCUGCACCUGGCGAGGGAUCUGCUGACGGGUCCUCUGCCGCUGAUGGCCCUGGCAGAGGGUGCCUUUCUGUCUGCCCAGCUCUUUGAUCAGUUGGGCGUAAGGGUGCCCUCGGGGCCCGCCCUAGCCCUCUACCUGGGUGACACAGGCUACUUGCAGCAGAAGGCGGCAGAGAAACUCCCAACCAUCCUCGUCACUCGUGCCCGUUUGUUCAACCAGCCGACAGGCCUGUUCUUCCGCUGUCUGCUGAUGGAGUUUGCCAUAAUCAACCAGCCGUUGGCAGAUUCCGAGCGUGGACACUUCUGGUUUUCCGAGGUUCCGAGUCUGGACGAGAAGGCAGAUGAGAUCCGAGAGAUCGGCUCGGCUGGGGGCAGCGACAGUUGGAAGAGUUGGGAGGAGAUGGCGCGUUGCGCGGCCGCCUUCUUCAUCCCGUCGGACAUACAUCAGCGGACGUUUAUCGAGCUCUACCGCAUGAAUGUGCCCACAUUCAUGCCGGCGGUAGAGUGGCUUAUCAGACUGCCACUUGCUGCCCCCUUCGGUUCCUUCAGCUACACUGGUGCCCUGCCGGAGGUGCCCGCAAGCAUACAUCCCACCAGCUUCAGUCCAGAACUGGCAAGCCCUCGCGCGCUGCAUCACUGGUACUUCUUCUCGGACUAUGCCCAUUUUCCGUACAUAGGCAGGUGCGAGUCCAUUCCUGACAUGCUGUACCAGACCUCCGUGGCAGACUUGGACAACGUGGCGGUGCAGAUGAGGCAUCACUACGAGCUGCUGGCGCGUGGAGUGACGGCCGCCAUUGCACGCUCGACGGCUGUGCUGCUGUCGACCUCCUGA